AUUUCAUACGACACCCCUCAUUAUCCCAACGAGCGACUCUACGAUGCCUUCGGACUCUCUUUUAAUAACACCUACAUAAUAGCGAUUAAUACAUAAGCUCUAGCAGAAGCAUUUCACUCGCUCCAAAAUGUCCGCAUCUCCCACGGGCGAGUCCUCAGCCAAUACCAACUCCGCGAAUGGUAUCAAUCCAGCCGAUGAGAAACCACGGUUAUCGGAACAUGAGAAGAAGGCUAAUCAUAUUGCUUCUGAACAGAAACGUCGUCUAGCAAUCCGCGAAGGCUUUGAUCGAUUGGCAGAAUUGGUUCCUGGAUUGGAAGGUCAAGGAAGAAGCGAGAGUGUAGUUUUGAAGAAGACUGUGGAUUAUAUACGGAUACAAUUAGAAGAAAGGCGCAUGCUGGUUGAAGAGGCUGAGGGUUUGGGAGUCGUUAUUGAAGAAUUGAAGAGGGAAGCACCUGAAGCGGGAACUGCAGGAUUAGCCAGUCGUGGGGCAGCAUGGGGAGAUGGAAGUGGUUAAUAUGAGAAAUGAGUGUGGAUCCGGGUAUGGGCAUUGGUACGGGGCAUUUCAGAUUGGCGUUGGCGCGUGGGGAAAUACUUAUGGCUUACAUGGUCGGCGUUCUAUUGUUGAGGAUUGGCGGCACGAUACCUUCUGGGAGAAUAUCCGGAGGUGAUAGGGGACGACGAAACAUGUCAACCUUUGAGACAUAACGACGAAUGAAUUGUCCGGUGAUAAUCAGUACACGGUAUUAUUAAACUGGUUGAUGGGCGGUGGGAUAGAGUGGAAUAAAUGGUUAAAUCCCCAAUAGAUCCAUUGCUGUCGUCGUGCUUUGGGCGAUAACACAAUAUUUUUAUAUACGAAUGGCGGUCUAGAUUUUAUGGUGCUAAGUUUGGCCUUCGCAACCUGCCCCUCGAAUCUUUCUUAUACUAAAAGAUACUACAUAGUAUUUAUCGAACGGGAUUUAUCAUGCCACUAUUGAAUAUCUAAUUUUCAGGGACAAACGCUUCUAAACUUACUAUCCAAUUGGUAUCGUGACAUAGCUGACUGCAAAUCCAAGUAUCGUAGCGCGGACAUCGCGCUCAUUCAGGUAAACCUACGUCAAAAAGCAAUUUGAAGACGCCGGCAAUACAAGUCAUGGCUUUAUUCAAGACAGAUGAGAUUGAAUCUCGAGUAUUUGGCGUUAUGAUCUACCAACUAAAUCAACAUAUUGACAAGUAACAGAAUCUAAGUCCCAUACCUACUAAUAGCUAGGCAUGUAAGCAAACCUCGAUCACUUCACUACUCAUCG